GCGGACUUGAGAGUUGGAGAAAGGAAGCUUGAGAGCCUCGAGAAAACGUCAUGGCUAGCAGCUGCAGGGAAGAGGAGAGCACGUCCCGGUCGCCGGAAGGGAUGGCGGAGGAGGUGCCGGCGGGCCUCACGGCGGAGGAGUACGCGUAUCUACGGCCCAGGAUCGAUUCUCACCACCGGUACGGCGUCGGCCCGGGGCAGUGCUCGUCGUUGCUGGCGCAGCGCAUCCGCGCCACGGCAGCCGCGGUCUGGGCUGUGGUGCGGCGGUUCGACCGGCCGCAGGUCUACAAGCACUUCAUCCGCAGCUGCGCCGUCAGGGACGGGAGGGAGAUCCGGCCGGGGUGCCUCCGCGAGGUGAUCGUCGUCUCCGGGCUGCCCGCGAGCACCAGCACCGAGCGGCUCGACGUCCUCGACGAGGAUCUGCGGGUGACGGGGUUCACCAUAGUCGGCGGAGAGCACCGCCUUCGGAACUAUAGAUCGGUCACCACCGUCGACGAGCUCGGCUGCGGCGCCGGCGCCGGCGCAGACCAGAUCUGGGCCGUCGUGCUGGAGUCCUACGUCGUCGACGUGCCUGAAGGGAACACCAAGGAAGACACACGGCUCUUCGCCAACACCGUCGUACGCCUCAACCUCCAGAAGCUUGCCUCCGUAGCGGAGGCCGCGGCGGCUGUGGCGGAGCGGCGGAGCUGAAGAAGAUGAAGAAGAAAAAGGUCUUUUUCAAAAUUAGGAAUUAGAAAACUGGUAUUUCUAGGAAUACCCCUAUUUUCGACAGAAAAAUUAUGGAAACAUGCUUCUACUUUUCUACAAUCACAGAAGACCCCUCUCAGGCCUCCCUCUCUUCCUCCUCUGUUGCUCAUCUUCUGCGUACAAACCUGAAUGUUUCAGUAAUUCUCCCUUCUCUCCUCCAUUUUCUUCUGCAACUUUAUAUAUAAAAAAUAUUUCUUAUU